AGCUUUUUCGAGCUGCCAUCUGAUGGCGCUUGUCCGAAGUCUACCAAUGCUUCCCAUAAGUGCAUCACCGAAACUAAACGUCAGUUCCGUCGAAUCUACGUUUAUCUCCUUAGAAAAUAAAUCAAGUCAUCACUUGACAGAGUUUAAUAACAUUUCAAAGAAUUCCGAUAAGUUAUUACAUUUUCUAAACCUAAAUUCCAUUCGCGAGCUUUCGUUAAGCAUCGAGUGAUCGACUAGACGUUCGGAGUUAUCGUGUUUCGCCCGAACCAGCAAAAGUUCACCUGCUUUCUUUGUUAACACUGGAUGACAAAAUGAUAACGAAAAAUCAACUAGGAAGCUCAAUAUAAAAACAAAAUAAUAUCACUAAAAAAAAAUAUUAGUAAUGCCAUGCAAAGAACUGCAAAAAGAAGAAGACUGACUGCAGCCACAUACAGCAUGGCUUUAACGUUCAUGUCGCCUAGCAGUCUUUUUACAAAAAUCAACAAUAUAUUAAACGGCAUAAAUAGUACACGAUAUAUUCAUAAAAUCUGUAUAUAUUAACGGUACGAAAAUUCUUUAGAAGUAUAACAUUUAAUCUCUAUUAUAGAGAAAUUAGCAAAUUAAUUAGUUCAAUUCAUAUAAUAUAUAUUUAAUCCAACAGUACUAAUCUCGUAGCAACAUAUUGUAACAAGUUAUUGAAAUAGUGAUUCUAGAAAAAUUCCAUAAAUACAUUAGUAACUCGUAUAUAUAAAUAUAUUUAAAUUAUAUUAAACCUAUAUAGUAAACUGACUGACAACAAGCACACCUAAUUAAAAAAAAAAGUCUUCUUUAGAAAAUACAAAAAUGAAAACGCAGCAAUUUUUUUCCAUGAAAUGAACGCUAAUGUAAUAAUUUAACUUUUUCACUGAACGUGAAAGAAUAAUAGAAUCGUAGGAUAAUUAAUGUGAAGAAAAUGUUUUCCGUGGUGUUAGUGAAUUAAAAAAAAAAACAAACAAAAAACAAAACAAGAAAAAUUGAAUAUUGUUGAACAAAACAAUGGCAGAAAGUGCAGGAAGCCCUGGCUCUGUUGUUGCUGCGAAUAGUCCUCAGCAACCGCAACCACAACAACAACAGCAGCAACCACCUCAAACCCAGCAACAAACACAAACAACACAGCAGCCUCCAGAUAUUAGCAGUUCUCAACUUACAUCUCCGCCAAUUACAGGAACAGCCCAGAUCGAAAUAAUACCCUGCAAGGUUUGCGGCGACAAAAGCAGCGGGGUACAUUACGGAGUGAUCACUUGCGAAGGAUGCAAAGGAUUUUUCAGGCGAUCUCAAUCGUCAGUUGUCAACUACCAAUGUCCGAGGAACAAAAAUUGUGUUGUAGACCGUGUUAACAGAAACCGCUGCCAGUACUGUCGGCUUCAAAAGUGCCUGCGACUCGGCAUGUCCCGAGAUGCUGUAAAAUUCGGUCGAAUGUCGAAAAAACAAAGGGAGAAAGUCGAAGAUGAAGUCAGAUUUCAUAGAGCGCAGAUGAGAGCAGCAUCUGAAACUGCGCCCGAUAGUAGUGUAUUUGAACAUCAAACACCAAGCAGCUCGGAUCAACAUCACUCCUAUAAUGGCGGUUAUCCUUACGGGAGCAGUGAAUACACCUCGUCUGGUCCUGGCACUGGAAAUUCAGGAUACUACAGUCAUGGGGCUAUUACUAAUUAUGAGCUUAGUGCAGACUAUGUCGACAGUACGACGGCCUAUGAUCCUCGACCGACACCGACUCAAGUCGACACAGUCACACCUGAUACACCUUCCGUCAAUGCCUCGGGUGUAAUUCCCAGUGUGGUAGCCUCAGGAAAAUCCUUAUCAACUUCGACAACCGGAAGUGGUGCAGGAAGUGGUGGUGGCAAUGGCAGUAGCAGCGUUGGAAACAGUGGAGGAGGUGGUAAUGGAGGGGGUAACGGUGGUGGGGGUGGCGGUAGCGUUAGUGGUGCAGGUGGUGGUUCUUUAAGCGGUGGAGGAAUUGUGGCUGUCAAACAAGAAUCCACUGUCGAACUAGCCAGCCUUGGUCAUGGUUCCUAUACAGCGGUCGACUCAACAACAUUUCUCAGCAGUCAACAACAGAGAGUCAACAAUCCAGAGGAUGAUGAAGAUCCCAGUCAGCCCUGUAUGUCCCAUGCGAGAUAUCCAUCCCAAAUCAGUGAAUUGCUCUCAAAAACAAUAUCAGAUGCACACGCGAGAACUUGUUUCCAUACUACUGAACAAAUUCAGGAAGCCUUUCGCAAACCUCACGAUAUCACCAGGUUACUCUACUAUAAAAAUAUGGCCCAUGAGGAACUUUGGCUUGAAAGUGCUCAGAAAUUAACAACAGUUAUUCAGCAAAUUAUCGAGUUUGCUAAGAUGGUGCCAGGUUUUAUGAAACUCUCGCAGGAUGAUCAAAUUGUCCUUCUUAAAGCUGGUUCAUUUGAAUUGGCCGUGUUACGUAUGAGUAGGUAUUUUGAUCUGCAACAAAAUUGCGUUCUCUACGGUGAUGCCUUGCUGACUCAAGACGCGUUCUAUACUAAUGAUACAACAGAGAUUAAGUUAGUUUCUCACGUUUUCGAAGUUGCGAGAAGUGUGGCUGAAUUAAAACUCACUGAAUCAGAACUUGCGCUCUAUAGUGCUGCCGUUUUACUUAGUCCUGAUCGAUCGGGAUUAAAAGGAUCAGGAGAGAUCACGAGGCUUUAUCAGGCUGUGAUCAGAUCAUUAAGGACCGAAUUAGACAGAAAUCACGUGUCGCCAAUUAAAGGUGACGUCACAGUGUGUGACGCAAUGCUCGCGAAAAUACCCCAACUACGAGAAAUCUCGAGUAUGCACAUGGAAGCCUUAGCAAAAUUUAAACGGUCGCAACCUCAACUUGAGUUUCCGGCCCUUCACAAAGAGCUGUUUAGCAGUGACAGCUGAACAAAUGAUGAAGCAGUGCAGGGUAACCCAACGCUGACAGACAACGUUGAAUGCAAGUGAUCUGGGGCCUUGCUCUGUCAAGAUUAUUUUCUUCGUAAUGAACAUAUUGGGCCUUAAUUAAACAUAAUAUUGUUAUAUAUAUAUAUAGAAUAUAUAAGAGCAAUAUAAAAAAUAUAUAUAUACAUAUAUAUAAAUAUACAUACUAUAUGUAAGAGAGAUGUAUUAUAUACAUAUAUACAUAUAUAUGUGUAUUAAAAAUACUAUAUAUAUAUAUGUAUAUAUAUAUUUACAUAUAUAUAAAUGCGAGCUAUUGGUUGUUAUGAUAGAUUCAUAAAGAUUAUAUUAUUGACUAAUAUGUUUAUAAAGCUGGCUAGGUCGGUUUUAGAAUGAUAAAAUUAUUAGGCUCUAACCGAGAAACCUGAUUUGAUCAGUAAAAUUACAAUAAUAGCCAAAUACUACAUUACGAGUAGUUGAACAAGACCACAAUAAUUAUGAUUAAAUUUGAUGUUAUUAUUUUAAUUUUCAAUUUGGAAAAAAUGCGCACUAAUUUUUGUGGUACAAAAAAAACUGUGUAAUCAGGUUUCUUCAGUUGUAUGUAUAUGUUGUCCUAGAACCGUUCUCGCCAAUACUGAAUACAUACAAGUAGUUAGUUUUAAUUAAAAAGUUUUGGUUAACGCACUUUAAUGAUGCGCUUCAUAAUACGUAAAUAUUACUUCCUGCGAGUCCCAAUUUUACACCUCGAUUCGUUUUCUGUGCGUACACUAUAAAUUUUAUUUAAUGAAAAUUCUUUGUGAAUUUUUUCUUGACGCAAAAAGGAAAAAAAAAUGUAAAAAAAAAAUCGCAAGCAAUUUCGACAUAAGAUAUUAAUAGAAUAAAUUAGCAAUCGCUAUAUUAUAUUACAGAAUAUUGUGCAAUAUACCUACAAUAUGUAUACGUAAAAUACAUAAUAACAAAACAUUAAGGAAAAAGUAAAACUUUAAGCUUAUGUGUUUUUUUUUUGAGGUAAAAGUUUAUAUGGUUGUGAAGAAAAAUUAUUUUCUCUCGACAUUUUAUCGCUGUGAUUUUUUUUUAUUAAUAUUGAAAUUAUUUCAUUGAAUGACGACAUUUCGUACUAGACGAAUAAUUAUAUCGAAAAUUGUUAUUUUGUAGCCAGAAAACGAGUUGCAAUAUUAUACAAAACGACUGUAUUUGUAUAAAUUAGAAUUACGCAAACGUUCUUGUUCUAAUAAAUUGCGAAUGAAAAUAAUAAUCGAUAUAAAGAUUGGAAGUAAUGUUUGCAUUUGCGAUGCGUACAAAACAACUAGUUAGGGAGUAUCGAUAUGUAGGUAGAAGUGCGAGUUAACAAAAAAAGAAAAAGAAAAAAAAAGAAAGAGACGAAGUGAAUAUUAUUAUCUUAUUGAUUAACGAUUAAAUAGAGUUCAUUUACCUGUAGAAAACACAAAUUCAUCAUACACAAACGGAGUAUGAUAAAAAACCCACGUUGCAACUAGGAGUUAUUAUCGCAAUUUGCAGUUAAAUUUUAUAAUAUAUAUGUACAUACAUACAUAUACAUAUCUAUGGAUAUAUAAAUGAAUAAAUAUGUAUAUGCGUGUAUUAACAAAAUAAACGAAAGUUGACGGAUAAUAUACAGUUAUAAUUGCUUGAGGUAACCAUUUUCGAAGAAUGUGUGAUACAUCCAUGUCUUUUUUAUACUUGCCCGCUUUUCUUAUAUAAAAUAAAGAUGAAAAAAAUAAUAAAAGAAAAACAAUUGCCUUUUGCAGUCUCUUCCUUAUCAUUCUUUCAAAUCGAAUCACUAUAAUUACUGAGUCAUCGAAGAUGGUCAUCUCUUGCGCAGGAUAUAUAAUAUAAGUACGCAUAUUGGUAAAUCGUUAUAAUGAUAUUGUUGCGGCCCUCGCGAUGGUCCCUGGGCGCUCAUCAAAAAGUAGACGAUUUUAUUCAGUUUGGCUGAUAUUCAAUUUUAAAUUACGAAUCACUGAAAAGGACCUUUUGGCAAUCGGACCAAUGAACAAAUUCGUUCGAAUAAAUUUAAGUGAGUAAUUUUAUCUCGUGAUUCCAUCGACAAAUUUUAGCGAAUUGCGAGAAGUAAUUAUUAAUACGAUUAGACAAAUUUUGGUAUGUGAAGACUAAUAACUCUUUUUUUUAUUAUGAAAAAAUUUAAUUUUUAUCAUGUAUAUCACAUUUAGACUUUAAAUAAUCUCGUUUAUAUAUAAAUAUAAAUAUAUUUAAAUCAUUUAAAAUUCAAAUUAAAUUUUUAUCUUGGAUAAAAGACUUAUAAUAAUAUAAAUUAAAGUUACAGACUUAAAAAAAAUUGGAUAAGGCAUAGUGUGAAAAAAAAAUUGUCAUUGAGAUAAAUAAAAAUAAUUAUUGUUUAAAUUAUAACGUAAAACAAAAAUCUUUUACCUGCAAAUGCUAUUUAAAAGUUUAAUAAAUAAAAAAAAAAAAAGUUUUGUAAAUAUUCUGUAAAGUCACUAUUAUUGUAGUAAUGUCUUUUAACAUUGAUGUUUUAAAAUAUUUCUUACAUUUUAUAUGACUUGCUAUUUUAGAAUAAUUGUUUGAAUUUUACAAGAAGCAAUUUUUUUCAGCGCGAAAUAUCUAUUUCCUAGUGAUACAAAGACAUUGUUUUGUGAUUUAUAAGCAAAUCGCUUUACGAGUAUGAAUCCGAACCUGGAAAAAUAAAAAAAUGACAAAACAAAAGUUUCGCUUUGCCAGCGUUGAUCGUGGCACAGGUAUAAGUAUUCAGAGGCACUUAUUUAUAUAUAUAUACAUAAAUAUGUAUAUAUUUAUCACACGUAUAAAUGAUAUACAUAUAUAUGUGUAUACACCACAUAUACAUACAUGUACACUUACAAUUAAUAUUACGUUAAUACAGUACCUGUGGUUGUUGUAAAAUAUUUAAGAAAAGGAGAAGAGAACGUGAACAAGAAAAGUAUGAAAAUUUCAUUUAAUUUAUUGCGCGCGCUUUAAGGUGGAGAUUUUUAGAUUGAAAGUGAGACUUUUGUUUUACCGUGUAAGUAUGGUGCGUGCGAAAGUUCAGGAGGCUUCAAAUGAUAAAAUGAGAAUAUCCUCUUGUACUUCAAUGUAAUAGUAAAAUUAAUUAAUUACUUAAUGUAAGUUAACGGUUAUUAUAAAAAAACAAUAAUAAAUAAAUAAAUAAAUAAAAACACGAGCGGUGGACCAUCGUGCAUCGCCUACUUACCCCUUCAUUAUAUUAAGUAUUUAACAGUGAAAAGAAGGUAAAUGAACCUCCUCUAGUGAUGGAUGUCGAGCGAUUAUAAAUCAACAAAUUCUCGAGCAUCUCGUUAAAAUAACAAUUAAUUGAACUUUAUAAUUUAUGAAAGGAGAGGAAUAUAAAGAGAAAUGAAUUUGCUCGACAUCAAUCACUAAACUCCUCAUUUCGAACAUAUUAAUAAUAAGGAGCUUUCGCCCUGAAACAGAGUAUGUCGGUGUAAAUGUAAAAAAAGGCAAUUGACUGUACAGAAUGAAUGAAUUAUUUCAAGAAAUAAACAACAUCGCUAACUA